GGAUGUCUUCGCCGAGCUUCCUGAUCUGGCUUGCACAUUGGGCCAAAAAAGAUUGGCUGGAACAGACGCUGGAGGUGGAAAGGGAAGAUCAAUCAAUCGAAGAUCUUAGAAUCCAGCAGAGCACCGCCUUGCCAUAAGGUCGCGUCAAUGAGCCUGAUUCGUACAUGAUCAAGUUAAUCGUCAGCAUGUCAACCAGUGCCCAUCUUCUUUCGAUUCUGAUCAGAUCAAAUCAUGUCCUCUUCGAUGGAACUGGCCUGCUCUCCGUGCUCGAUCGCUUUCUGGAAAGACUUGCUUUAAAAGGCCAUGACGCCGUGGGCAUGACGGAAGACGACUACAAUUCAGGCGAGCCUUAUGGAGACCUUGGCAAGCGGCUGAUUGAGUCCAAAGUGGGCUUGCCCCUCAACGAGUCAUUUGCCGGCAAAAUGAAGCCUUGGCCCAGAGACGCAUUGCCCACAAAGUCGCAUCGGUUCAGGCUUGACAAGGAGACCAGCAAAGACUUCCUUCGAGCAUGCAAGGAGAGAGGCUUGACAGCCACCUACGGCAUUGGAGCAUGUCUCAUUUUGGCAACUCUGGAGCUCUUUCGCACGGAAGAGGAAAUCUCCAUGGGCCAUGACGAUGCGGUCAUGGUGGUCACCUUCAACCUGCGCAGAUGGGUGGCAGAGGAGGAGGGCCUUAAGGGAACAGCAUCAAGCGCUGAGACGGGCUUGCUUAUCGCGUCUACGGGCUUAUUUGACUGCAUGAUAGCCGAAGGAAGAAUGGAAGUAGAGCAUUGCCUUUGGUUCAUCGCCGAGCAGCUCAAAGAGUUCUUCACGGAUCGGCUCAAGCAGAUCUCUUGCUUCGCAGGCAAAGGCGCCCACGGAUUCUGGCAUGCCUACAACCAGGAGGCAGCCGCGAUGGCAAGCGGUCAGAGCGAAACCCCGUUAAGACUGGCAUUGGGCUCAACAGCGUUGGCAUCGUAGAGGCUUACCUCAAGCGAUCCUAUGGUACUGGCCACGGUGGGCAGAAUGGCGACCAUACGUUCGUUGUACAGGAUUGCCA